GCUGGGGCUUAUGGGAGCUGGACUAAGAACCUCCCCUCAGGGCUGUAGGCCUCAUUUGCUAAAUGUGCUUCUUUAGGGCUAUAGGCAUAGGAGGCCCAGCGUGGACAGCCCUUCUAUACCUCUUGGGGAUAUUCAGCUUUUGUUUUCAUAAACUGCUUUCAUUUUGCAACUGACUUCCAAACAAGGAUGUAUGAGGCCUCGGCAAAGUCUCUCAUGUAGAAGCUACCGGUGGAUGUUGGUACAGUGGAUAAGAACGUCAUGUGUAGCAAACUGUAGGCUGACAUAAUAAUCAUGCAGCGGUUAAUGUCUGCUGAUAGCAGUGCAGAAAAGCUGCAUCAUUCCCAUGAAAGCACAGGUGCUGUUCAGAUGAGGAUCAAAAGUGCCAACAGCCCCCAUGACAGACACAGCCAAAGCAAAUCUAUGAUACUGUCUGAUAAUGUGAAAGUCAUUGAGCCUAUAUCCCGUCAUAGAAGGAAUCAUUCCCAACACAAUUUAACACUUUCUGAGUUCAUCAGCCCACUGGAGCAAACGGUAAUCAAAGAAGGGUGUCUUCUAAAAGCUAAAAUUGCAGAUGGAGGCAAGAAGCAAAGGAAAAACUGGGCGACUUCUUGGCUUGUUCUCACUGGUCAGAAAAUAGAAUUUUACAAGGAAUCCAAGCAGGCGGCCGCGGUCAAUCUGAAAGCAGGGUAUAAACCUGAAUGGGUGGACUUGUGUGGAGCUCACAUCGAAUGGACUAAAGACAAGUCUAGCAAAAAGAAUGUUUUCCAGAUCACAACAGCAUCCGGAAAUGAGGUCCUUCUUCACUCAGAUAUUGACUUCAUCAUACUGGAGUGGUUCAAUGCUAUAAAAAAUGUAAUUGACAGAUUGCCCAAAGAGAAGACUAACAAGUCAAGGAAAAAUGAGUUCAAGCUUGCAAGAUCCUCUAGUUCCGAAUUGUUGAGCAGCUUUGAGGCUGAAUCUAAGGAGCCAAAGGCAGAAAACAGAAGGUCUUUGAUUUUCAGGCUGAACUACAGCACUUCUGAUACAACUGACAAAAACAGAGUUAAAAGCAGACUAAAGAAGUUUAUCACCCGAAGACCUUCACUGAAAACGUUGCAAGAAAAGGGGAUCAUUAAAGAUCAAGUUUUCGGUUCCCCGUUGCACAAAGUGUGUGAACUUGAUGGCUCCACAGUCCCUAAGUUUGUAAAGACGUGCAUCAAAGCUGUUGAAGAUCGAGGUCUGGAUGUUGAUGGAAUAUACAGAGUCAGCGGCAAUCUGGCAACGAUACAGAAGUUGCGAUUUGUUGUCAAUCAUGAAGAGAAGCUGAAUUUGGACGACAGCCAGUGGGAGGACAUCCACGUUGUCACCGGAGCACUCAAGAUGUUUUUCAGAGAGCUGCCUGAGCCACUGUUCCCAUACUGCUUCUUUGAACAGUUUGUGGAGGCAAUAAAAAUUCAAGACAACAAAAAUAGAGUGAAAACCAUGAAAGACCUUGUACAGAAGCUCCCGAGACCAAACUACGACACCAUGAAAGUAUUAUUUGAACACUUGCAAAAGAUAGCAGCCAAGGAGAACGUAAAUCUUAUGUCACAGCAGAGUUUGGGGAUUGUUUUUGGACCGACACUCCUUCGGCCUGAAAAAGAGACAGGCUCCAUGGCAGUGAACAUGCUAUACCAAAACCAGAUUGUUGAGCUAAUGUUAAGCGAGUGCACCAAGAUCUUCAACUGUGAGAAAGACUGACAGACAGACAGGGAGUGUUACUGAAUAUAUUCACAUCUGUCUUUGAAUCUAAUAUUUUUACAUUUCUGUAAACAUCUUUCUGAAACAUUUCUUUUCCCCUCAAGUGACAGAUGCCUCGUUUUGUGAAAAUUUAAUGACAAUUUUGUCUUUAAAUUUCCAAACAUUGGAAUAAAAAUACAUUGUCAAUAUUUGCUUAUAUGUACUCAGCAUUAACCCUUUGAAUGAAUCAUUCUCUGCCAGCACUCCCCCCCCCCCCGGGCUUUGCCAUUUUGCAUGCCUUCAUUUUACAGCUGGGAUUUGACAAUAUGGCCAAAUCCAGAUGAAAGAUAGCUUAGAGGCAUAUGCAAUGGCGCUCCCAGACAAGCAGGGUUGGAGGUUAAUGGGUUUAAAUUGGCUUUUCGAACAAUUAAAUUGGUGUAGUGAUGCAGUCUAUCACUUAAUAACAGGUAUGUACACUCAAAAUAAUUUUGUGUUGAAUGCUUCUUCUCAUUGAUGAAAGCUACAGGUUCAAAACAUUGUCAUAGAUUUUCACACAGGCCUAUAACAAAAACUCAGCCUAAAUCACCAUAGGUUGGGGGUGCUGUUAAUCCCUGAGCCUCGUUGUUUCAAAUGCAACAGCAGCAGUGCAUCAAGUUACCCAAUUGCUCAUUUUGAAUACAACAUCCAUUUUUAAUUUUCCAACACUUUAUCCGACUUUGCUCUUUCCCCAGCUAUGUCAUGUUUUGUAGAAAUUUUUAUUAUGCUCCCGAAGAUGCUUUAUUGGUGAACUGCAUUAAAUUCAUCUAGAAAGAACUUUUUUUAAAAGCCUUUUCAUAUGCCCUUAGGAUUACUUGGCUAGACUUGAAUCAAUUUAUACAUUUGAUGGUUAGUUUCAGUUGUCAUGGAUAAACAAAAGGGUAACUGUCUAGAAUAUAUCAAAUAUUGUUUUAUUCUGAAAUGUAUGUUUCCAGCUAUACACAUCCCCUACCCUGUUUUGUAAAAGUAUUCCACUGAUAAAAUGUAGACUUAUGUUUGACAGCUUUUUAAUCAAGUUCAAAGAGAAUAAAUAAAACUAAUCCAGUGUGGUAAAAGA